GCAAUCAGAACCCACGAGAUCGAUCGACUUGACGACAGAGAAACCACACCCAACGUCGAUGGCCGCCGCGCGCAGCCAUGGCGGAGCAGGAGCACGCGGGGAGGACGUCGGAGGGGGCUACCUUGUCUUUCGACGGAUCCGAGGUUGAGCUUGGCGCACCUGUUGCUGACAUGGGAGAUGGACGGGACAUUCUUCUAGAUCAUCAAGCUUUAGAGGAGGAAGAAGGCAUUGUGAUUGGAGGGGGAGCUGACGGUGACUAUCAAGAGCUACUGGACAGAGUGUUCAACAUCCUCGCUGGAAACAAUCCAGAUCUCGCUGUGAAGAGAGGAAGAAUGGUUAUGUGCCCUCCUAAGAUUCUUAGGGAGGGCACGAGGAAGACGGUGUUCGUGAACUUCAUGGAGUCGUGUAAAACAUUGCGUAGGGAGCCUAAUCACGUGAUGGAUUUCUUCCUCUCUGAGAUGGCAACAAGCGGUUCAAUCGAUGGGCAGCACAGGUUGGUUAUCAAAGGAAGAUUUGCUCCUAAAUCAUUUGAGUCUAUCCUCAGGAGAUACAUCAAUGCUUAUGUCAUCUGCAAUGGAUGUAAGGGCCAUGAUACCACUAUGACCAAGGAAAACCGCCUCCUCUUCCUUCGCUGCGAGCAGUGUGGGUCUUCAAGGUCCGUCGAUCGAAUCAAGGCUGGAUAUAUUGCACAUGUUGGUCGUCGCAACGCCUGAACAUUGUUCAAAACUCUAGAUCGUCUACCUCAUUAUACCCAUGUGUAGACAUGUGUUUUCUUUUUUCCUUUUUGCAUCGCAAGUGAGUUUCGGAUUAACAGGGUUGUGACGCGACCCCAGAUGGAAUCAUGAUUAUUUUUCUAGGUUUGAAAGAUUGUACUAUGUGAGGUGAGCAUGUCAUGGGGACAAGUUAUAGUACUAUCUACCAAUCCAAAAUGACAGAUG